AUGGGUUCAGCCACAACCGAAAGAUUGAUUCCUCUAGCAGCAACCCUUAUCAGCCUAAUCCUGAUACACUCAACUCCAGCCAUCUCCUCCCUCGCCUCCCCAACUUCAUAUGAGGUUCUUGAUGACAACAACUUCCCAGCUGGCCUUCUUCCCGAUGGGAUCUCAAGCUAUGACCUCAACAUCACCACGGGUCAAUUCUCAGUCCAUUUCAAUCGUACCUGCCGCUUCUCCCUUCAAAACUCCUACCAUUUGAAGUACAAGCCCACUUUCAAUGGUUACAUAUCAAAUGGCAAGCUAUCUAGCUUGAAGGGUGUUUAUGUGAGGGUGUUCUUGGUGUGGAGGGAGAUAGAAGAGAUCGUCCGGAGAGAAGAUGAUCUUGUUUUCUCCAUGAGGAUUUCGUCCUAUGUAUUUCCCAUCGACUACUUUGAGGAGAGACCUCAAUGUCAGUGUGUCCUCAAAUGCGGUGGAGGCCAGGCAAGUAAGGAAACUUAG